GGUGUGUGCUUUGAAAUGGCUCUGUUUAGAAACGUAACCGACCAGGGUGAGAAAAAGGAGAACCCCAUGCGCGAGCUUCGCAUCCGCAAGCUCUGCUUGAACAUUUGUGUUGGUGAGAGUGGAGACAGACUGACCCGGGCCGCUAAGGUGCUGGAGCAGCUCACGGGACAGACCCCAGUCUUCUCCAAAGCUCGCUACACUGUGAGAUCCUUCGGUAUCCGCAGGAAUGAAAAGAUCGCAGUGCACUGCACUGUCCGAGGAGCCAAGGCCGAGGAGAUCCUGGAGAAGGGGCUGAAGGUAAGGGAGUAUGAGCUGAGAAAGAACAACUUCUCCGACACCGGAAACUUUGGCUUCGGCAUUCAGGAGCACAUCGAUCUGGGCAUCAAGUACGACCCCAGCAUCGGCAUCUACGGCUUGGACUUCUAUGUGGUCCUGGGCAGGCCUGGUUUCAGCAUCGCCGACAAGAAGCAGAAGACUGGCCGCAUCGGCUUCCGGCACCGCAUCCGCAAAGAGGAGGCCAUGCGCUGGUUCCAGCAGAAGUAUGACGGUAUCAUUCUCCCUGGGAAGUAACAGGACCACAUUUCUUUGUUUGUAAAAUGAAAAAAUAAAUAUGGGUGAAAACCUGA